AGAAAACAGGAUGUAUAGAUGUAUAUUGCGGAUAAGUUGCGUGCUAGAAUACUGCUUUCGUCUGGUCUAAUACUUUGCUUUGUCUUACAUCGAUCUUAGCAAUCGAUAUACAUCUCAUAAUUUCAUACUGCGAGGCUGAAAAUCGUCUGGAGAAGAAAUGGGUACCGAUAGUCGGGACAGCACUCCCGAGAACCAAGAGACCGAUGCGUUGAACUCUUCGGCGGUCUUCAACCCGAGAGUGAUUAAUAUCGACGCACAAGAAAGAUCAUGGAAGCCAACGCUGCAUCGUGAUCGCUAUUUUGGAUCGCUCGUCUUCAACGUGGCAGCAUUUAUUCUUCCCGCUCUCUACGGAACGCUAUCAAAACUCUGGGUGGCUGAUAUCGAUUCCUCAAUGGUGGUUACAACAGAUGCCUAUACCUAUAUGAACACUGCCUCUGAGGCUAUCAACGAAGGCCUUCCAAGAGCCGCCUGGGUCAUCAUUGGGGAUAAGGCAUCGCGGAAUCUUGCUGAGCGUCUGCAAUUAACACACACCUUGAUUGCUUUCCAGUCUCUGCUAGGAUUUAUAUUGAGUGUCAUCUUCCUCGGCGCUGCGCCAAGAUUUGCCGACAGUUUUGUACCGGAAGAAGUGCGCGCUGCGAGCCUGACUUAUGUGCGCAUUACUUCUUUCACCGUCUUGAGCGGUGCGAUUGAAACUGCUGUUGCAUCAGCCACGAGAUCCUUGGACAAGCCUGAUGUCCCGUUGGUCAUCAGCUCGGUCAAGUUCGCCGUUAAUAUUAUUCUGGAUUUGCUAAUCAUCUCUCGUUACCAUGUCGGCUCUUUCCAACCAACCGUCAACAUGCAGGGCAUCAUUCAGUUGGCCUGUAAUUUGACAGCCGCGCUCGUGGGACUGGCUUAUUUCCUCUACUUUGUGAGCUUCUCUGCUCUCCGGAAACAGCAUCAAGAUCACCUGGAGGGCCACUCCAUAGAGAGUCGCAGUUCUACUUCUCCAAGCAUUCGAGGACUACGGAUCCUGCUGAGGCCUGGGCUCAUCUGUUUUACCGAAUCAGCUAUCAGAAAUGCGCUAUAUCUUUGGCUUGUCACCACUGUUAUUGCACUAGGAUCAGUGUAUGCCACUGCUUGGGGCGUUUUCAACACCAUUCGUUGGGGCUUGGUCAUGGUUCCUGUGCAGGCACUCGAAGCAACAUCUCUCCAAUUCAUCGGCCAUAAAUGGGGACAGUGGCGACAACACAUUGGGAUCCAUAACAGAAGGCCAAGAGCAAGCGGGAAAGAGAUCUAUAACCUCAUCGACCCUGCCCUACGAUCACUUGUCAUAGCCCUAAUAAUUGAGGUUCCUAUGGCAAUAUUUCUCUCGGCAUUCGGUGCCCGGCCAUUUGCGCUCUAUAUUAGUGGAUCGAGCGAAGUAGCCGAUGUCACUGCGCACAUGUGGCGGACAAUUGACUGGUGCUAUAUCUUUUACGCAAUGUCAACACAACUUGCGACUAUUUUGCUAGCUACAAGGCCGAAGUGGUAUUUGUAUCAAAGCUUAGCAAGCAACUUGCUAUAUGUUCUCCCCUGGGCAAUAGUGUGCCAGGUUGUCCAUUUAGACGAGAAUAAUGCAUGGACUUACCAUAGUCUCAUAUUUGGAGGCAGUCUUGUUUUUAGCUUUUUUGACGUUCUGAUAGUGGUUGGCAUCUGGAUGUGGACUCUGUGGGCAGGAAGAGCGAGGCUAGAGAUGAUCCAAAACUAGUUCUAAGGCUAUAAUUCAAUUUUCGAAGAUUCAUACUCGCAUACUUCAACAUCGACCGUUUCUAUAUAAAUUAAUCAUAUAUGUUAAGAGGUCAAUGGCUCUGAGGCGCC